UUUACUUGUUCACAUAGUCACUGGAGUAGAUCUACAUCGUGUUUUCAUUAAGUUCCGUCUGUCCGAAGUUAACAGAUCACUGAGACUCAAGACUUAAGUUAUAUAGAAUGAUCUUUUUGAUUUUUCCUCUCGUGAUAAUUUCUUUCGCGUUUAUAUUUUAUCAAUUAAAAUAUGCUGCAUUUAUAAAAACUGGAAACCGUUUUCCUGGGCCCCCGAACUGGCCAUUUCUCGGGAACGCCCAAUAUUUCAUAAACACCCCGGUGGAAAGGAAUUUGGAAAUUUUAGGAGAAUUUUUCGUAAACUAUGGCAACACAUAUCGCGUGUGGAUCGGCAAAGAAUUGAAUGUGUUUUUUCAAAACAGUGAAGACGUUAAGGUUAUUAUGAGUGGCAAUAAGUUCAUAAACAAAGGUUCUCCUUACGAUGUAAUGAGGCCUUGGUUAAACGAAGGAUUACUUGUUAGCCAAGGAAAAAAAUGGUUCACCCGUAGAAAAAUAAUAACCCCAGCAUUUCACUUCACUAGUCUCGAACAAUAUACAAAAAUUUUCGAAAAACAAGGUCAAAUUCUCUGUGAUGUUUUGAAAAACCUAAUGAAGCAGGGUUCAUUUGAACUAUAUCAGCCAGUGAAUAGAUAUACGAUGGAUGUUAUUUCUGAGAGCGCAAUGGGUGUUUCAGUAAAUGCACAAACCAAUACCGAUUCAGAAUAUGUAAAAGCUGUUAAAACAAUUUCAACAGUGCUCCACAAACGAAUGUUUGACAUAUUUUACCGCUUCGACUUCACUUACUGGUUCACAAAACUAGCACGUGAUGAAAAGAAGGCCUUGCAAAUUCUACACGGUUUUACGGAAAAAAUCAUUAUUCAACGCCGUGAAGAAAUUCUCAGGGAAAAAGAGAGAGCAAGUCAAAAAGACACUAACGACGUUGGAGGCAAACGCAAAAUGGCUUUCCUCGAUAUUCUCUUACAAUCGGAAAUCGAUGGGAAACCCCUGUCAAACCUUGACAUUCGUGAAGAAGUUGACACGUUCAUGUUUGAAGGACAUGACACUACCUCUUCAGCUAUAACAUUUUUAUUCUACAACAUUGCACGCUAUCCAGAAACUCAAAAUAAAUGUUUUCAGGAGAUUUUGGAAACAUUUGGCAAGGAUAAGAACACACCUGUCACCUACGAGAAACUCAACAGUCUCCAUUACACAGAAUUAUGUAUAAAGGAGACUUUAAGAUUAUUUCCUUCGGUACCUUUGCUAGGUCGACGAGUAACAAAAGAAUGUGAAAUAAAUGGAAAGAUUGUUCCGGCUGGGGCGAAUAUUGGAAUUUCUCCAUUACAUUUGGGUCGCAUGGAGGAGAUCUUUCCCAAUGCCAACGAAUUCAUUCCAGAGCGUUUUGAUGUUGUCACAAAUGCAGAAAAAAUGAAUCCUUAUGCUUACAUUCCAUUCUCGGCUGGACCAAGAAAUUGUAUUGGACAAAAGUUUGCAAUGUUGGAAAUCAAGAGUGUCGUUGCAAAUGUUUUGAGAAAUUUCGAAGUUGAAUAUGUGAAGAGUGAAUUGGGAGAACCAUUGUUGAUUGGUGAACUGAUAUUACGAACUCGUGAUCCUUUAAUGUUUAGAUUGAAACCAAGGAUCUAUACAAAUUAAUUAUUUUUAAGAUUUAUUAUUGUAAUUCUUUAAGGCUGGGAUAGUUUAUAUAAAUUAAUGAAACUAAAAAAAAACGUUUGUAUGAAUUAUGAUCACUCCAAAUUUUAA